AUGAAAUUUUACAUCGCAUUUCGAUACUGGGAACAACUUUCAAUGGCCACUAACAAUCUGAUCGCACUUGCGGCUUUAGCAAGCUACAGUGGGCACCAAGUUGUUGUACCUUUUGUAAUUGAUUCACAGUUUUUUGGUUAUGAAAUGAGCAGUGAUGACACUCAAACACUGGCAUUGUACUACAGUCUGAGCGCAUUUAACAACACGCUUCGUUCACAUGGAUACAGCACUUUAGUGAGCUGGGAAAAAUUUCAGAGUGUUCGCCAAGACAAGUUGGACUUACUGAUACGAUUUAGUUAUGGUAAAGAAGCUUUCCACCGACAACAAACCACGGAAAUUCAAAGUCUCCAAACUAGACGUGGCUUCAAUAUAUCGAAAAGUUAA